AUUAUUUCUCAGCUCAUAGAUGACCCAGAUGUCAAGAUCAAACUCAAGAUCCAGUCUUUAAUUUAUCCCGCCCUGCAGACUCUUGAUAUGGAUUUACCAUCCUAUCGGGAUAACGCACUACUUCCACCUCUGACCAAAUCACUCACGGUCAGGUUUUGGAGUGAAUACUUUACCACGGACAGAUCACUUGAAAAAGCCAUGCUCUUCAAUCAGCACACACCAGUGGAAUCAGCCCAGCUCUUCAAAUUUGUUAAUUGGAGUUCUUUGCUCCCCGAGAUCUUUAAGAAAGGGCACUUGUAUAAGAGUCCAACUCAUGGUACUUCUGAGCUGUUUAAAAAGUAUCCAGGGUUUCUAGAUGUGAGGGCAGCUCCCUUGUUGGCUGAUGAUAACAAGUUACAUAGCUUACCUGUGACCUAUGUCAUCACCUGCCAAUAUGACGUCUUAAGAGAUGAUGGAAUCAUGUAUGUCACUCGACUUCAGAAGGCUGGAGUUCGGGUGACCCAUCAGCACUUUGAGGAUGGAUUCCAUGGAGCAAUUACCUAUCAUGGAUUUAAAAUUGGAGAUAGAAUCAAAAAUCAUUAUCUAAGUUGGCUAAAUGAAAAUCUAUAGUAAA